CUGCUCACAAGACUACUCGCCCAUGGAUGACGAUGUCGUUUCUAUUCACUCAUCUCAUGAAUCCGGUCCAGAAGAAAUCGACAGAAGGGCUAUUUUAGAGCCUGUCGUUCAACGCGUCGUCGAUGCACUCGGUGGUUACGAAGGCGGCGCCUACCGCAUGGGCGAUGAAGUCAGCGGUUGUCUCCGAGAUCUGAAGAAGCUCUGGCGAAAGGAUGAUACAGACGACGAGCGUACGGUAGCGCGCAUAUUUUGGGAGACCCGGGUUCUCCCAAAUGACCUUGUGCCGAUAUUGUUGGCGACUGCAGGCAAGGGGCUCGUGGAAGACAAGCGGGCCAUCGCAUGUGCAGACUUAAUGACUGCCAUGACCUGGCCAAUCGAUAUGGCGGAGGAGCUGCAGGAGCUGGAUGAGGAGCUUGAUAAAGGGACGGAUUAUACCCAGCUGAUGUUCAGCCAUCUCAAUUACAAGGCUGCGCUUCUGACACCAGGCGUUAUGCAAGCCCUCUUCGGGAUUGUACUCCCGCCAAUCUCAAAGCACGCAAAGGAGAGGAACGAGCGCGACGGACAGAUAGUAAAUCUGGUUCUACAUCUCAUUCGGAACUUGAUAUUCAUCAAGGACCUCCCUGCAAAUAUGUACCUCAGUGCGGACCAGGCGGAGUACUCGAGUUUGCAGACUAGACUUGUGAAAGCACUAUCGGAAACACACACGCUGGACUUGCUUCUGACCAUUGCUGCCAAUACAUCUAACGAUCCUCUUUUCAACGCAUCAAAUACCCUUGUACUCGAGAUACUCUACCUCUUAUUUCGCGGCGUAAAACCUCAUCUACUGGCUAUAGAUCAAUCAAAGCAACCAACGCAAAACCUUCACCGGCUGCUUGUUGCAGAGGACAAGAAAAAGAAAGAUUUAGCAAGAAAUGCAUCUUCCCGCCACUCCCGUUUCGGAACAACUGUUUCCGUUCAACUUAAGCCGAGCAAGAGAUCAGCAGCUCCAGAUGCAGACACCGAAGACCGAAACGAUUCAGCGCAUGGGAGCGGUCAUGGGUCCAGACCGCUCGUCCUUCAUCGCCAGGCAGCUAUCACACGAGAGUCUGGAAGCGUCCUCGACUUUGCGAAGCGUUCUAAAGCUCGCAAAAGCAACAAAAUUGACGAAUUAGCCCGCGAGGACAAUCUAUCUAUAGAAGCCAAGAUAGUCCUUCAGGGUUUUGCCCGCGAGUCUGUGGAUUCAUCGUUUAAUCCGUUCCUCCGCUCUCUACUCAAAGAUAUCAAGUCCGAGCGCCCGAAGAUCAAAGAAAAGGAUCAUCUUCGACUCCUCUACGUCACGAAGUGGUUCCUUGAAUUUUUCCUUAUAUCCCGCUCCAACGAAAAGGCCGUCGAAGGACAGCGAAAAUGGAACCUCGGGCUAGUAGCGGAAGUUACCGACCGCGGGUGGAUCAUCUGGGUACUGAAGCGGAUGAGACAAGCCAUGGAAGAAAAGCCGAAAAUGUGGAACGAGCUGCAAGCGGGAAUAGAAUGCCUUACCCAGCUCCUUCUCCUGAUCGACAUCAUGUCUUCGUCGGUAAUCUCCGACCCACAGCUCAAUGAGGCUGCUGCUGUCUUACAACAACAGCUGAUUUAUAAUGGCGAAGUUCUAGACAUCUCGCUCGAAAGCCUCCGAUCGUACAAAGAGGGGACACAAUCGCUAGCCUAUUUAAAUGCCACCGUGCAUCUCGCUUAUGCCUUGCUACGGAUGUUGGAACGGUGGGGGAAGGAAAAUACCGGGGCAGUGUACGUCAGGAAAAAGAAGCCGGGUAAGAGGAAGAAGACUACGGGUCAGGGAUUAGCUGAUGAAGAUGGUGUGCCUGACGUCGAGAACGAGCCUGAUGGAGAUAGUGAGGAGGAGGUCGUCCACGAGACAAUGUUCACCUUUGAUGCGUUUGAAAUGAAAUUCGCAAACUCGGAGAUAACGAAGACAUUGCUAACAUAUCUUUCGCGCUACAGAGACUUUGAUUCCGCCGAGUUUAUGAAGAGGGUGGUGAGCUUGAUCCACCGACAAGUCGUCAAAGCUAAGGCAGAAGGUCUAUAUUUCAACGUAUCGACACUCAAUCUUUUCAAAUCUAUUCUCGAUGAUCAAAAGUCAUUGCCGAAAGACCAGUCGUCUAAGGACCUUGUGAAAUUGGUCAAUUUCAUUUUGCACAGGUUCUUCAAGGCGUUGGAAGAAGAGCCAUUCCUUGCGGUGGAGGCAUUCUUCCCCAAGAACCGCGGACACUGGAAACAGUACUCGAGCUGGGAACCGGAACGCAAAGGCCGCCAUGAGCGCGAGACAGUAGAAGAUACCCAAUUCCCUCCCGAGGUGCAGGUCAAGAAGGGUUACUCAUGGAGUGAGCAAAUUGGAAUUGCAAUAGCUGCGCUGGUGGAAGAUAGGAAGACCGAACUUGUAGAAUGGGUCAAAGACAUUCUGGUGCUAGUCAUUCGCCAGCGCAAUAGGAUUGUUGAAGAGACGGAUCAAAAGCACAAAGACGAAGACACUGACUUGGACGACGAUGAACAGAAGAAGCUAACUCCCUCCGCAGACGCAAUCUCCAAAUUUAUCGAUUAUUUGGUACCGUACAUCAGCGAUGAACAUGCAGAAGCCGCAACGAAGAAUUCGACAUUGAAGCUCGUGUUUCGCCUAUUAAAGUUCACCAUUUAUGACGAAGAUGGUGACGAAUUACAGUGGAUCGUUCCAGCAGCAAUUAUUCCUUCUGAGCUCCAAAGCAGCCUCAAUGUCGUUGAUCAAUUCCUCCAACAUCCCAUCGACCUUGACGGCAAGAAGGCUUCGCAACUCUUGAGCAAGAAAACCCGUCGGCGACGCAGGCGUCGAUCACCCUCUAACUCUGACGUCGAGCUUGUCGAUGAUGACGAACCCAAGCGCAAGAGACGGGAGAAGAAAAAGAAGGAGGAAACGCAAUACAAGUCAGCACAGUUCAUUGAGGACAGUGAUGCGGAGUACGGGGAUAUGGAGGCCUUCCUCGAAAGGGAAAAGGCAUUAAGAGAUAAAGCUGCCAUGGCAGCAGCGCAAAGUGGCAAGAUCGGAACCAUGCGAGCAGCGGGAACCAAGAAACGGCGGAGAAAAGGUAAAGAUGUUGAGGCUAGGAAGAAGGGUAGGGUGGGGAACUCCGAGAAUCAACCGGCUGGAGAGUCCAGCGCCGAUGAAAAUGUCUUGGACAGUGAAGAUGAUAUCCUCGGAUCCAUGCGGAGAAGUCGCUCCUCAAGUCCUAGCGCUCCAGCAUCUCGGCGUGCACCUAGGGCACGCCCAAGACCUCGGCCGGUUCCAAAGCGUUCUGCAAAGCAAGAGAUUUCUAUGGACGCCGUGGACGAAGGUGAUGCAGGGAUGUCAGUGGGCGUUCGACGCACCGUGAAGGGGCGACUGGUCCUUUCCGAGGAUGAUGAACUGUGACAGUCCAUCCGUCAUGACCGCAUGUGUCGUCAUCCCGUUUGAAUGUAGUAUUGAUUUUUCUUCAUGGUUUUAAGUUUUGCAACAGACGCUAUUAUAUACAUCCCAAGAGCUCGCUUGGCGGUAAUUUAUUCACCAGUAUUUCUUGUUCAAUUUCAGCGCUAAGCCCGCGGAACUCAAGUAGGGUAUGCAUAGGGGCCACAAACUCAGUGACAUCUAGC